AUGGCAGGGUCAAGCACUGCUGAGCUUCACACGCCGGUUUUCAAUGGAGAAAACUAUGAGUUUUGGAGCAUUCGAAUAAAAACCAUUUUGAAAUCUCACGGGUUGUGGGAUUUGGUUGAAAAUGGUUUUGAUACUUCAGAUCCAAAGAAGGGAAAGGAAAAAGAAGAAGGAUUUAAGGCUGCUGGAGUGGAGAAGUCUACGAUGGCUGAGAUCUUGAUGAAGGAUGCUCGUGCACUUGGAUUGAUCCAAAGUGCAGUCUCAAACCAAAUCUUCCCCAGAAUAGUGAAUGAAGAAACCUCAAAGGGUGCUUGGGAUAUUCUAAAGCAGGAGUUUAGAGGCGAUAAACAAGUACGAAGUGUCAAGUUGCAAGGUCUACGUAGAGAGUUUAAAUAUACUAGUAUGAAGGAUAGUGAACCAUUGUCUGUUUAUACCGCUAAACUGUUUGAUUUAAUUAAUCAAAUGAAGAGUUAUGGUGAAGAAUUGUCUAGAGAAAGAGUUGUGCAGAAAUUGUUGAUUAGCUUGCCUAGAUCGUAUGAUUCUAUAUGCUCUGUGAUUGAGCAUUCUAAGGAUCUUGACACUAUUGAAGUUCAAGAAGUGGUUGCAUCUAUGAAGAACUUUGAGCUCAGAUUAGAUAGGCAUACUGAAAACUCCACAGAAAGGGCUUUUACUAGCCUGAAUAUAGAGAGUAAAAACUCUGAGAGUGGAAGUUCUUCUGGAAAUCACAAAUCCCAGAAGAACUGGAAGUCAAAUGGAAAGAAUUGGAGUAACAAGUCUAAUUCUGCUCCCAAAUCAAAUGCAUCAAAUGAAGGAACCAAAACACCCAGCAAGCAUUGUGAGAAACUGCACUAUGGCAAGUGCUGGUUUGAAGGAAAGCCAAAAUGCAAAGGGUGUGGAAAGUUUGGACACAUACUCAGAGAUUGCCAUGGAAAUCAACCUGUACAGAAGGUGAAUUAUGCAAACUAG